GUGACGAUUUGUGCUUCCGUCUUAGUGGGUGUGGGUUGAGUCAAGUUUGUUCGAGCAAACGUUAAUCAGUUCAGUGUUUCGUCUUUUAAUUUUUUUAUAAAAUCACACUAAGAGUGACGUGUUAUGUUGACAUUUACAUGAUCGUCAGCGAAGUUACUAGUUUGUGAAACGGCCUAAUGAUUUUCAACGGUGGCUAAGAGCGCCAUUUUUAAAUAUCAAGAGGGAAAUAAUCACUUGACUGUGUGGGUGUCUGUCGUGGAGAACUUGCGUCGGUCCUUCUUAAACGGAUGGCUUCAGGAGGGGAGAGGAUCACCUUUACACAGGAGCCUUCAUUCAUGGGAGGAAUACCAAAUGUUGUCCUAACAAAUCCACCAGUUCUCGCCAGCUCUACGCCUUUGCUUCCUUUAAAUGACUCUCUAAUGAACAAUCCUAUUCAAAAACAUCUGGGUUUGGGACUUGGCACAUCUGACACAGAUCUUCAGAAAAUGCUGAUUGAUGAAAGAAUGAGAUGUGAGCAUCAUAAAACUAAUUAUCAGACUCUAAAAGCUGAACAUACAAGGCUACAGGAUGACUUCAUUAAAGCUCAAAAUGAUCUGAAACGUGCUCUUACUGAAAAGCAGACUAUUAAUGAUAAAUUCCAGCUGCUGCUUACUGAACUGCGUGGGGAGUUGUUGGAUAAAACUAGAGAAGUUGAGGAGCUGAAGAUGCAGGUUCUGACACCACAGAAACUAGAAAUGCUUAGAGCUCAAAUUCAGCAAGAGCAAGAAGGGCCACUGAGAGAGAAAUUUAAUAAACUGGAUGAGGAAGCUGAAAAGUACAGGACUGAAUACAACAAACUUCGUUAUGAAUAUACAUUCCUAAAAUCUGAAUUUGAACACCAAAAAGAGGAGCACAUUCACAUACUAGAAGAAAACAAAAUGCGUUAUGAUGCAGAGGUCUCAAGGCUAGAAAAAGACAAGGAAAAUUUGACUAACCAAUUGUUGAGCAUUGAUCCUACCAGAGAUGAAAAAAGGGUGGAAUCUCUACUAAGAGAGAAAGCUCAGUUACAUCAAAGACUAAAAAAUCUUGAAGCAGAAAUCAUUGAGUUAAGAGCAGAAAGAGACAACUGUGGAGCACAGGCAGAGAACGUUCAGAGAAUACAAGUGAGGCAGAUGGCCGAAUCGCAGUCUGCUGUCAAAUCCAUAGAGGCAGAAAAGCAGUCGUUGAAGAUGCAGCUAGAUCGCCUGGAGAAAGAACUGCAGCAUAGCCAUGACCAAAAUACUCAGUUAAUCAGUAAACUGCACAAAUCAGAGAGAGAAGUGAAUGCCCUCACAGAGAAAAUGAAAGAACUUAAGCAUUCUCAUAAGCUUGAUGUGGCUAACAUUAAGCUGGAGUGUGCUCGAACAAAGGGAGAAGUUGAGAGAGAACGGGAUAACCUUCAGAGUGAACUUCAUGGAAUGCAGUCAAGUAUUGAAGUUUUGAAAGCCACCAUUGAGCGACAAAAGGAGCGUAUAGCAGAAAAAGAGAGAGAGUUGAUACGCAAAGUUCAAGCAAUAAAGGAUGAGGAGAUUCAGAAGCUAACAGUAAUUCAAGAUGAAAAAUUACAGCUAGAAAACAGGGUAGCUAACUUAGAAGAGCAGAAAGAGGCAUCUGAAGCUUCCAGAAAUUCAGAGAGAGAAAAAUGGGAAGAGAAACUACAUUCUUUACAAUUGUCUGAGGAGGCCUUAAAGAAGGAAAUCCAAAAUUUAAGAAGUAAAUUGCAACAUCAAGUGCAUCAAUUAGAACUUCUUGAAAAAGAGAAAAAUGAAAAUACUGAACUCCGACAGCAAAAUCAAGAUCUCCAAAUUCAGCUUAACACAUUAACACAGUCUGAAAAUGAUUUACUAGAUGUUGUUAAAAAACUGAGGCACACUCUUGAUAGACUUAAAGAAGAAAUCCGAAAUGCACGAAGUCAAGCUGAAAAAGCACAACAGGAAGCAGAGAAAUUACUUGAAGAGCAGCGUAUUGAAUGGUUAGAAGAGAAACACAAGCUACAGGACCAAAUUUCAGAGCUGGAAGAGAAACAUGAUCAGUUUAAAGAGAAACUUCAACGAGCAGCAAUUGCACAGAAAAAGAGGAAAUCACUUUAUGAAAAUAAAUUAAAAAGAUUACAAGAUAAAAUCCAGUUAUUAGAAGCAAAGAAUGAGGAAUUAGAAUUGGAGAAGAGCACCUUAAAUAAGCAGUAUACUCAAAGUGAGGAUUAUUUACGACUUCAGAAGAAACUUAAAGAAAUGCAACGCAGACAUAAUGAAUUUCGACGACUUAUAAUGGUUCCUCAUUUAACAUCAGCAGGCAUAAACAGUUCACAUAAUUUUCUUUUAAAUACAUUUGAUAUGACGGCACCAGUUUUACAGGAUGAACAGCAGCAGAUGGAGCUACUUAAUUUAAGGAAAAGACUGGAAGACCUAGAAACUUUACAGCAGAGACAGCUAGAAGAGCUUGGAGCUUCUGUGGAAUAAGACUCAACAAAGUAUAUCUGUGAGCUGGGACUACCGUUGUUUAUAAAUUAGGGCUAUUUUUUUGAAUACAUGUUAUUUAUUUUUUGAUUAAAAAUAUCAAUUUUUAUACAUAACUCAACAACAAAAUCAACUAAGUGUCCGUAUUAGGACAUAGUCAUUCCAUACAAGACUAUUUUUACUCCAGGUUUUUAUUUAAAUUAAUCUUUAAUUCUUCUGUUGGCAUUCAUAUUCAUUGUUAUAAUCUGGAUGCAGGUAAAUUUUGUAUGGCAAAAAAAAUCACUGUUUAACUAUCAGGAACAUGUCUAUAAGAUUUAAAAUUAAAAUAAUUACCUGUUGCUCACCCACAUCAUGCAAUACUAAAAAAAAGGAGUUAAUACAUUAUGCUAAAGUGAUAUUAUUGCUAAUAUCAUGUGUUGUGAAAGAACUUUAACUGAUAUUUAUUAUUUUUUUUUAGUAUCUCUAUUUUUUAAAAUUUUUGUCCCAUGUUUCCCCAAUACAGUUGUUGUAAAGAAAUUCAGAAUGAGAUAAUGAGCAAGUGCCUUAACAAUUCAUAUGAAUUUCUAAAACCCAUUGCAUUGUUGGUGCAAAACAUAUUUAAUUAUAAGUUCAAAUAAUGACAUCCAUACAAGUUACAAAAUGUGUCAGUUAAUAUAAUAAAUGUAUCUUUGAUCAAUAAUGUACAUUUGUACAGUUUACAACAUGUUUUACAUCGCCUGGUGACAUAGUUGCUAGAAAUUUGUUUAUUAGCAUUACCCUUUUGAAAUGAAACCCCAUACAAAUUGGAAAAAUGUAAUUUCAUACAUAAAACCUCCUAUGUACUUAGCUGCAAACCCCAGUGAGUUACAUGUUAAAUUUUAAGGUUAUGCCAGACAUUAAUUAUUUCAAUUAAAUGUCAGAUCAGAAUUUCCAUUACAUUUCUUUUUGGCUUUGCACUGUAAACAGACUCCUUCAAUAGCAGCUUAAUAUUAAGAAUGAAUCAACAAGAUUUUGAUAGUUCAGAUCCAUCUUGGGCCAAUGAAAUACACAUACAUAUCAAUAGAUGUGAACAGUAAACAGCAUAGAGAUUAAAAUUGUGCCAAAGAUUAGAAAAAGAUCAUUUUUUUUUUUUAAAAGAAUGUAAUCCCUAACCUGACCAUUAGGAUGAAAGACUUAGGAGGAAAUCUGCAGUGAAUGGGGUGGGGUCUGUCUAGUAGGGUUUUAGGAUAGUAAUAAGGUUGACAUCAAUAAAUAAUGUAUUAGAUAACUUAUGGGUGUGUAUGAGAUCAGCUGCUAUUUUAAGAUUUUUAUGUACUGACAUUUGUAUGUGGGUUUAUAAUGUCAAGUGCUUAAUGAUGAAUUUGUUUGAAUCUGAACAACAAAUCAUUGUUCUGUAAUAUUUACAUCGAGGGGUGCUAUCUAAAAUUAACAAUUUUAGGAUUCAGUGUUUUAUUUAUUUUUAACUAUUACUGAAAGUGUUUUUUUAUAGCAAGUUUACUUUUUCAAAUCUCUUUAUACAACUCUCCACAUUACUCAGCACAGUUGUUCAUUUCAUUUGUUUCCUUUUAUCUUAACCAGCCAUCAGUUAAUAAAGAGGAACUACCAACCCUCCUGCAAACUUGCUUCUAUGUAAAUUUGUGUACAUGCAUCAAGAAAGUAUCUGUAUUGUUAAAAUGUUUUGGAAUUAAAUGAGUGAGGCGGGAUGGAUCACAAAGCAUAUGGAUAAAGUUCUCAGAAAAUUUCAUUCUUCGAUAAAUGAAAGCACUAAUAAGCCAUAUAACUAAAUGCCAAUUUUCAUUAUCUGUUAGGCGUGGCUUCUAAUGAAACUGGUUUUAAUGAAAACCUACAGCUACUUUGAACCUCCAGGAUGGUAGUUGAAUACCCCUGCAUUAAAGGAUAUUUAUUUUAGUUUAGAAUUGUUUAACUUGGGGAUUUACUGGAAGGCUGAAUGCCUUAUAUUUGGGUUAACUCAUAGACCAGCCUCUGUCAAUGAUAGACCUCGAUUUAUGACAUGAUCUAUUAUGUUCUCUUUUAUUUCAUCAGACACAGUAGCUUGUGAUCUUUCUCUAUGAUCAAUACCACCAUCCAUUCAGUCUGCAUUCCUUCAACUUUUCCAUCACCUAUCCAUUUGUCUGUAUCCAAAUUGUGCAAAAUCUUUCCAAAAAUGUUUACUUUUUAAAGAUGGAUAUGGAAUUGAAAAUCCUGGAUAGGUUCACAAAUAAGAAGGGAAGUGUUGCAUUUAGUCAAUUUACAUGGCUUUAAUUAGUUUAUCUCCGUAACCUUUAUCAAAAGCUUUGCUAUGAACUUUAAAUUACUUCAAAUACAUGUGCGCCUUAGCAUAUUGCUGUUUGAAUUUUCCUGUUUUGAAUUUUUAUAUCAUGUGUUUUGAAACUGAGCAAGCAAGUAUUUGCAAAUUAGGCUGUUAAAAUACAGUUUAGAUGGAAGUGAGAGAAUUUUGAAAACUGUGUUCACAAAAAGCAUUUUGUGUCUAAUCAAAGAAAAAUAUAAUUCAUGUGUUAGAAGUGUGAAGAGCUUUGAAAAUGUGAACUUGGUGUUAGCAGUUGUAAAAAUACACAAGGUUUGGUAAACUGUCUAAAAUGUAUGUUAACUUUAUGUCUGAAGUGAUAUACUUAAUGAAAAAGAGAACAUGCUUUUAGAUACUACAUUAAGAAAUAAAACCAAGGACCACCCAAUUAGGUGAUUCUUUUUAGUAAUAAUGUGUACAUUUAUAAAAAUUACAUAUAAAGGAGAUGACUUACUGUUUGAAGUUGAUCAGUACUUCUCUUAUUUCAUAUUUUUCUUGUUUGUGUGAGCUCCAGUUUUUACUACCCAAGUCUGUGUACUGUCUGUUCAGUUUCUUGCUUAUUCUAACUUUGCAAAAUUGGUAACCGUUUGGUUUCUUCUGUUGCCUGAACAACUUACUUUGACUAUUGAAUUCUAAAAAUGUCUUAUUGUUGUCCUACUUCUCUUCACUGAUACUUUUGACACCCAGGAUAGAUGCUGGUGGUCUUCUUUUUCCACCAAUGCAGUCCCCCAUUAUAAGUCCCAUUUGGUUUUGUGUAAAGUUAUUCUCUUGGCCUACUUAAUAAUUAUCAUGCUCUGUCAUUACAGUAUGUAUUAAGAAAACAAAUGCAUUUUACAUGCAAGCAUAUACAGUUCCUUAGAAUCAUAGGCUUUUCAAUAUUAAUUCAUCUACUUCCUCCCCCUUAAUAGUAUUUUGAGUUUGAUUCUGGAUCACAACUUCAGUUAAAAUGUUGUUGUUAUUGAACAUCAAGCCUGUCUGUUCACCUCAGACAUAUAAUCCGUGUGUGUCCUGAAUAUAUUUGUGCGUUUCUACACCAAACCUCCUUUCUCUGGAUGGUAUAGGCGGUCACUAUAUUGUUUUAAAAAAAAAAAGUAGUGGUGAUGUGCAUUUAUUGUGCAUUGUUAGACUCGCUCUCCAAACUCUGUCGUACUAUAUUAAUAACCUAUUAUAAAGAUGUGAAUAGGAAUUUCUGAUCAAUCACUAGGGCCUCUGUAUUCUUCCAGUAUUUGAAUGUUAAACUCUGUCAAGUGAUUGUGCUGGCUCUUUGGUGCUGUAUUCUCUUUCAGAUGGUUAACUUUCCAUUUUAGUCUUGUAAGAAUGUUGACUUCCUUGUUUUUGUGUCCAUGGUCAUGUCUAUAAUAUUGUGAAUUUUUUUAGAGAUAAACCUCAUGAUGAAAGGCAAUAUAUAAAGAUGAAUUUUAAGGUCUUAUUUCACUUAUUUGAAAGGAGUUGCAGGCAAUGUGGUGAGAAAAAGAAAGUAACAUGGAUUAAAAUCUAAGUAGCCUUUUUCAUUUAAAAAUUUUCUUUCUGUUUAACCAUUUACCUUUAAACUAUUGGUAACUACAGUCUUAUUUUCACUAUUACUACAAUAAAAAUGUUUAUGUAAAUAUAAAAGUAAUGGCUGUCUUCCAGUGUAGUCUGUAAGGCUGUUGUGCCUUCACUGACAUUCAUUUGUCCACUUCUCAGUUUACAUCUUCAGGACUUUGAAAUGGCCACUGUUAUUUUUUUUAACUUGUUUUU